AUUGAAAUUGAUUUUGAAGAACUAUAUCCAGCAGAUAAGAAAUUAUUGUUAUUUACUAAGUUUGAUGGUUUUAUAGUCAAAUUAAUAAAAUAUAUUGAAAUACACAAAAUCAAAUUUGGCGUGCAAGAGACUUUGGUACUACAAGAACUUAGAGCUCCUUCAAAUUCUGGUAAUGAUACCAUUGCAGCCUUGAGACUGAUACCAUUUUUAUUUCAACCAAUUACAUUAAAAUUGGAUAAAAAAAGAAAACAUUGUAGUACACCUUCGACUUGGCGUCCAUCUAAAGUGGAGCAAGCUUCAGCUUUCAUAAAAUUUAUUGCUGAUGCAAAUGAAUUAAAGACAAGCCACACACAAAAGGUAGACAAAUCAAUUCAAUUUGRAACUACCUUACAGCCGUAUGUUAUUAUUGUUGGACAUAGUGUAGAUGCAUAUCAAGAAGACCAUUCCAAUCCUACACCUAUUGAAUCAUACACGGUCAUAAAUAACACUUAUUACAAAUUAGAGACUCCUCUAAAAGCUUUAGACAUCUGCUUUAAAUC